CGUCACUAUUUGAUGGGAGCAUGUGGAAAAACUGCGCAGGCGUCGUUCUGUCAAAACCUGGUCACCUUAGCGAGCUAGAAUCUCCAAAAACCUCUCCGCCUCAACCAGCUCUUCUCUCUCCUAGUCCUUAACGGGUUUGGGAACCAGAAAUACUCGUUUGUCCUGGAAGUUCCAGGAGGAAGAGUCGAGUUGUCUCUGCUUAAGGACCUGGAGGGGACUCCCAUUUCCCAGAGACUUGAUGGUGGAGAAGUGCUGGUGGUAAUUUCGAAAGAGACAUCUCCGCGCUUGAAAAGACCACCAGACUAAGUGCUGGGAGCCUGUGAAGUGACUUGGAAGCCAUGGAACCAUCCGUAGAAGAGGAAAUCAGUGUUGAAGAUGAAGCUGUGGAUGAAAGCAUUUUCAAAGACUGCAGCAAGAUUGCUUUCUACAGGCGUCAGAAACAGCAGCUCUUCAAGAAGUCCACUUAUCAGGCAUUACUUGAUUCAGUCACGAUAGGCAAAGACAGCACCAGGUUCCGAAUCAUCAAUGAAGCAACUAAGGUUCCUCUUUUGGCUGAAGUUUUUGGUAUAGAGGGAAAUAUUUUCAGGCUUAAAAUCAAUGAAGAAACUCCCCUGAAGCCCAGGUAUGAAGUUCCCGAUGUCCUCACAAGCAAGCCAAAUACUGUAAGGCUGAUUUCAUGCUCAGGGGAUGCAGGCAGUCUGGUACUGGCAGAUGGAAAAGGAGAUCUAAAGUGUCAUAUCAUGGCAAACCCAUUCAAGGUAGACUUGGUGUCUGAACAAGAGGUUGUGAUCAGCAUAAACUCCCUGGGCCAAUUGUACUUUGAGCACCUGCAGAUUCCCCUCAAGCAAAGAGCUACCAGAGAAAAGGAGGAUGCAUCAGUCAACACCUCUCAGGAAAAUCUGGGCCUGUGGGAGGAGAAAUUCAGAAAAUUUGUGGAUGUCAAAGUUAAUGGUCCUGCCUCCAUCGGUUUGGAUUUCUCCUUGCAUGGAUUUGAGCAUCUCUAUGGAAUCCCACAACAUGCAGAAUCACACCAACUUAAAAAUACUGGCGAUGGGGAUGCUUAUCGUCUUUAUAACCUGGAUGUCUAUGGAUAUAAAAUACAUAACAAAAUGGGCAUUUAUGGUUCAGUACCUUAUCUCUUGGCCCACAAACUGGGCAGGACUUUUGGCAUUUUUUGGCUGAAUUCCUCAGAAACACUGGUGGAGAUCAACACAGAGCCUGCAGGAAAGGACACAGUGACCCAGAUGGGCCCAGUUGCUGCCAAACAAAAGGACAGCUCUCGAACCGAUGUACGUUGGAUGUCAGAGAGUGGGAUUAUUGAUGUUUUUCUGCUGACAGGGCCUACACCUUCGGAUGUCUUCAAACAGUACUCGUCCCUUACAGGCACACAAGCCAUGCCCCCACUCUUUUCCUUGGGGUACCAUCAGUGUCGCUGGAACUAUGAAGAUGAGCAGGAUGUAAAGGCAGUGGAUGCAGGAUUUGAUAAACAUGACAUUCCCUAUGAUGUCAUGUGGCUGGACAUAGAGCACACUGAGGGCAAAAGGUAUUUCACCUGGGACAAGAAAAGAUUUCCAAACCCCAAAAAGAUGCAAGCGCUGCUCCAAAACAAAAAACGUAAGCUUGUGGUCAUCAGUGACCCCCACAUCAAGAUUGAUCCUGACUACUCAGUGUACGCUAAGGCCAAAGAACAGGGCUUCUUUGUGAAGAAUCAUGAAGGAGGAGACUUUGAAGGGAUAUGCUGGCCAGGUCUCUCCUCUUACCUGGAUUUCACCAAUCCCAAGGUUAGAGAGUGGUACUCAGGUCUUUUUACUUUCUCUGUUUAUCAGGGAUCUACUGACAUCCUCUACAUAUGGAAUGACAUGAAUGAGCCCUCUGUCUUUAGAGGACCAGAGCAAACCAUGCCGAAGAAUGCCAUUCAUCAUGGCAACUGGGAGCACAGGGAACUUCAUAACAUCUAUGGUUUUUAUCAGCAAAAGGCUACUGCAGAAGGACUGAUACAGCGAUCUCAGGGGAAGGAGAGACCCUUUGUGCUCACACGUUCUUUCUUUGCUGGAUCACAAAAUUAUGGUGCAGUUUGGACAGGUGACAACAAAGCAGACUGGAGCUACCUGAAAAUUUCCAUCCCCAUGUUACUCACUCUCAGCAUCACUGGGAUCUCUUUUUGUGGAGCUGACGUAGGCGGCUUCGUCGGGAAUCCCACGGCGGAGCUGCUAGUGCGCUGGUACCAGGCUGGAGCCUACCAGCCCUUCUUCCGCGGCCACGCCAGCAUCAAGACCAAGCGGCGCGAACCCUGGCUCUUCGGGGAGCAGCACACCCGGCUCAUCCGAGAGGCCAUCAGACAGCGCUACGCCCUCCUGCCCUAUUGGUAUUCCCUGUUCUACCGUGCGCACGUGGCUUCCGAGCCCGUCAUGAGGCCGCUGUGGGUAGAGUUCCCUGAUGAAUUAGAGACUUUUGGUGUGGAAGAUGAAUACAUGCUGGGAAGUGCUUUAUUGGUUCAUCCCAUCACAGAGCCAAAAGUUACCCUGGUUGAUGUGUUUCUGCCAGGAUCAAGUGAGGUCUGGUAUGACUCUAAGACAUUUGCUCCUUGGGAAGGAGCGUGUACUGUGAAGAUCCCAGUAGGCUUGGACACCAUACCAGUGUUUCAGCGAGGCGGGAGCAUCGUGCCAGUCAAGACGACUGUAGGAAAGUCCACGGGCUGGAUGGCUGACGCCCCGUAUGGACUCCGGGUGGCUCUGAGCACUAAGGGUUCUGCUGUAGGUGAACUGUAUCUCGACGAUGGCCAUUCAUUCCAAUACCUCCACCAGAAGCAAUUCUUACACAGGAAGUUUUGUUUCUGUUCAGGUGUUUUGAGCAACAGUUGUGCAGACGAGAGGGGUCAUUAUCCCAGCGAGUGUGUGGUGGAGCAGAUCUCUGUCCUAGGCCUCAAGCAACAGCCAUCUUCGGUGACCACCCACUCACCUGAUGGUAAAGAUCAGCCUGUGGCUUUUACAUAUUGUGCCAAAACGGCCACCCUGAGCCUGGAGAAGCUCUCACUGAACAUUGGAACUGACUGGGAGGUCCACAUGAAGUGACAAAGAAGUGCAUCUGGUGACGAGUGUGGGGAGCAGCCUGCACCCUUCAAACUUCCCUUUGGCUUUUUCUCAAGAUUUGUGUCGCACACUUACUGACUUCUCUGUCUCAAAAUAAUCUUUCAUUAGUAAUCAAUUUACUAAUGAACAACAGAUUUCAGAUUUUACAUUUUUAGAUGUAUUAGUAAUACUCCUUGUGUCAAACUCCACCUCUUCUCCUCAUCCCAUGGAGCCCUGAGACAUUUCCAGAGUCUGUGCAUCUUCCAUGGCUUCUCAGGCCCUGUGGGAAGCUCUGUGUCCUGCUGAGUGGCUUCCCUUGGAGCACAGCAGGCUGGGUUUAUUUCACGUGAGAUGUGGGCCGGGCGCAUCGAGUGCGGCCCAUCUGUGGAAGCUUGCCUCUGGCCAUGCAGCAGAGUCGUUCUGCCUGUAGCAGCUGAGGUGCUCAAGGCCCAUCUCCCAGUGGACAGCAGCCUCGUACCCCUCACCGUUACCUUCCCCCUUAGAUGUGGGCAGAACAGCCCUUUCCUGCGUGCACUACACACACUGCAGCCAAGCGGAGUCGUUCCCCCAGAGGCUGGUGCAGGAGUACAAAGGGUUGCUUUCUCAGUCACACCUUUUGGGCUCCAAAGUUCCAAAUUAAUCUUCUUAAAGUUCUAAUUUCUUAAUUGUUUUUAUUAAAUACUUCUACCAAACAAAGAAUAUUUGUAACGUGAAUGAGCUAUAAUUAAUAAUAAUAAAAUACACAGCAUGUCCUCACCACUGAACCUCAUAAAUAGAAUGCGUGACUUCAACAAACUUGCCAUGGGCACAAAACAAGUAUGACAAAAAACAUGGCAACCAAAAUGAAUUAUAUUUAAAUGCAACAUCUUUAAAAAUAAAAAUUAAUGUAAAAAAUCCAUGAUGAACAAGAUAUCAAAAUUUUAAAUACAGACAGGGUCAGGAUUACUGAGUUCUCCUUUUGCCUCUGGCUCCAGGAUGCCUUACUGUGGGACAGAACAACACCACAUACCCAUUCCUCAGGAUGCUCCCUGCUCUGGAGCCCCAGUUACUUCCUUCCGCCUGCUACAGCAUCUGCGGGGAGCCUCAUGUCCUCAGCGCUCUUCAACACACACAUUUCUCAUCAGGCUUUUCCCACUUAGCAACUUGCCAACUGCUACCUCUAUGACUUCUGUUUCCUGGUCCCCAACCCCCACUCUUUUCCCUCCGCCUAGACACAUCUGACCAUCUGUCAAGACCGAACUCAAAUACGACUUUCCCAUUAAGCCUUUCCAACUACCUUAACACCCCCACCAUUCCCCUGUACCCAUGAGCAGUGAUUAGCCCCCGCUCUGAAAUCCUGCCCCAGUUUUAAACUGUGUUCUUACUUAGCAUUCUCAGGGAUCAUGCCUUAAGGUUUCAGGUGUGUCUGCCUUGUUCCCCUACUAGACUGUAUGUUCCUCAAGAGCAUGUUAUAAGUGUCUCAUAGCUGCCAGAGCACCAUUAUACUUGGCUUUGAGUAACUAUUGACUAUAAUUGGUUAACUAAUGGAUUUGAUUGAUUAAAAAGUGAGAGUUGAA